GCUAUCUAUGGCUGAAUUUCUUAAAUAUGGCGGAGUAGACGUAUGGUGCGAUUGAUCUAUCCCGACUAAUCGUUAAAACGACGGUUUUCUCGCGUCCGUAAAAUGCCAAAUAACUGAGACCGAAGCUGUUGCGGUUCUUGGAGUGUCGUGCGUGAGUAUUAUGUAGUUGUGUUGUGGGGUUUUCGAAUCCGCCACCCUUUUGAGUGCGGUGUGCGAGUGUGUGCAUCUUUCUUCCUAUGUGUGUGUGCAUACGUCAGAGGGGGAUUAAGUGACAAUCCGGGAGGGUAUGUUUGCAAGCCAUGGGCGCCCAAAACACCAAGGAACGACCAGUGAUCGGCACCCACCACUCGAUUAGAACGGCCAGAAGUAGACCCCGAGCAACGAAAGAUGGACGGCAGAUUGUCUCAAAUAUUUUCACCGAACACAGCGAAGCUCUCCUUCAGAGCCGCCCGCUUCCGCACAUACCUAGUCUACCAGAGACCGACCCCCCAGGAACUCUCAAUACCAACACGUUGGGUUCCGGAGGGAUCGGUACUUUGUCGGGUUCUUCCGGUUCCGGUGCACCUUCCACGCCCAUGUCGCUCGAAACCGCCAACAGAUGGACGUCGAAGGAGAAUCUCCUGGCACAGGAGGAAGACGAUCCCCAACUGUUUGUGGCCUUGUACGACUUCCAGUCGGGCGGCGAGAAUCAGCUCAGUCUCAAGAAAGGCGAACAAGUGCGCAUCUUGAGUUACAACAAAAGCGGCGAAUGGUGCGAGGCCCACUCGACAUCGAACCAAAUCGGUUGGGUACCGUCAAACUACGUCACUCCGGUAAACUCCCUCGAGAAGCAUUCCUGGUACCACGGGCCGAUCUCGCGAAACGCCGCCGAAUAUCUGCUCAGUUCGGGAAUAAACGGAAGUUUUUUGGUGCGCGAAUCGGAGAGCAGUCCCGGCCAAAGGAGCAUAUCCUUGCGGUACGAGGGCCGCGUCUACCACUACCGCAUCAACGAGGACGCAGAGGGUAAAGUUUUCGUCACAGCUGAGAGCAAAUUCAAUACAUUGGCGGAACUGGUGCAUCACCAUUCGAUGCUAGCCGACGGACUAAUAACACAGCUGUUGUAUCCCGCGCCCAAACACAACAAACCGACGGUGUUUCCACUGAGUCCAGAGCCGGACGAAUGGGAAAUUAAUCGGACUGAUAUCGUGAUGAGGCAUAAACUGGGAGGCGGGCAGUAUGGGGAUGUGUAUGAGGCGGUCUGGAAGAGGUACAACAUGACAGUGGCGGUGAAAACGCUCAAAGAGGACACCAUGGCUUUGAAGGAUUUUCUGGAAGAAGCGGCGAUUAUGAAAGAGAUGAAACACCCGAAUCUGGUCCAGUUGAUGGGUGUUUGUACGCGGGAACCCCCGUUCUAUAUCAUUACGGAAUUUAUGAGUAAAGGAAACCUUCUGGAUUAUCUCCGGAAUGGAAACAAGGAGCAAAUUAACGCCGUGGUUCUUAUGUACAUCGCUACACAAAUCGCAAGCGGGAUGAGUUAUCUUGAAAGUAGGAAUUUUAUUCAUCGGGACUUGGCGGCUCGGAAUUGUCUUGUCGGGGAGAACCAUUUGGUCAAAGUGGCUGAUUUUGGAUUGGCGCGGUUGAUGCGCGACGACACUUACACAGCUCACGCAGGUGCCAAAUUCCCCAUCAAAUGGACCGCUCCCGAAGGCCUCGCUUACAAUAAAUUCUCGACGAAAUCGGACGUUUGGGCUUUCGGGAUUUUAUUAUGGGAAAUUGCAACGUACGGAAUGUCCCCAUACCCUGGAGUAGAUUUAACCGACGUCUACCACAUGCUGGAGAAAGGGUACAGGAUGGAAUGUCCACCCGGAUGCCCUCCAAAAAUUUACGAAUUGAUGCGACAGUGUUGGCAAUGGCACACCAAAGAUCGGCCUACAUUCAAGGAAAUACACAAUUCGCUUGAAAACAUGUUUCAGGAAUCGAGCAUCACCGAAGAGGUCGAGAAACAGUUGCAAGGAAAUGAAAGUGCGAUGCCUUUAGGGACGCCACAUAUGUCUUAUAAAAAAUCGCAUUCGGGGAGCACGGGGAAUAUUCAUGGACUGGUCGGAGUCACCGAUCAAUCGGCGGCAGAUAACAUGAGCGUAACAUCAAAAUUGUCAACAUUUACGGGCGGUUCUAAAAACAAUUUGGUUCAAAUGCGACGCACCACCAACAAGAGGGGUAAACAAGCACCAGCUCCGCCAAAACGUACAAGCUUGCUGUCUUCUUGCAGUUCGUUCCGGGAUAGCACCUUUGACGAUCAGGGACAAGGAGACAAUGCGGGGGACGAUGGAUCUGAUUUAAACGGUUUAACCCGUGAACUCCAAAACCUAACCGCCAGCACAAAAGGCGACAGCGAAAGCGACCUCCAAGACCAAACCCCCGACACGGACGAUUCCGGUGCCCACUCCUACCCGGAAGUCUCAUCCGUAAGCAACCUAGGUUGCACCACCGGUUCAUUCAAACGAGCCCCCAUUAUGGGCAACAGGGGCUUGGAACAGAGAGGGAAAAAGACUAAGACAAAAGACGUAACCCCUGCUGUCCAAGUGGCGGCUCUCGAAGUCCAAAACGUGCGAAAAGCAAUCAGUCGUUAUGGCACUCUUCCGAAAGGCGCCCGAAUCGGCGCAUAUCUUGAAUCUUUAAAACAGAGCGGAAUGUCAACCAAUGAAGACACACCCGAACCGACGGAAACCACCCCCAGGUCUCUAUCACCACGGACCAACAUUCGGACCCAACCCCAAAUGAUCCGGAGCAACUCUUCCGGAGGUGUCACCACUUUCCACGCAACCCAUCCUCCAAGCUCCCCCACGUCCUCGAAGUUAUCCCGCACCCGGAACAUCUCGCGGAACAACACCGGAGACGUCCGGAGCAGUCUCCGGACUUUCCGGGCGGCUCAAAACAACACUUUCCGGGGCGGCAGUCCCUCCAGGUCCGUGCAACCGACGUUGGCCGACCUGGAGUUUCCGCCGCCUCCCACCGAUUUGCCGCCACCGCCUGAAGAAUUCGACGGGCCGAUUGAUGUGCCCGAUGGUGUCGUGAUGGCCGAUUUGAGGAAGAAAGUGAUUCCGAUUUCGCCGCUUACGACGAAGAGAACAGUCGGGAGGAGUGAGGAGUUGAGUAAUGAGAAUAGUGAUGUUUGUACGCUGCAGCCUUCGGUGGAGGAGGCGAGUUCGAGGUUUGGUGUGAGUUUGAAGAAGAGAGAGCCGUCGACUGACAGUUGCAAUAGCUUUAAAGAUAAUAAGGAGGAUGGGAAGGAGAAGAGUCCUCAACGAACUAGUCUUAGUUUAACGAGUCCGAGUCAAGAUGGAAAGAGUCCGAUGAGUAUUGAUUCGGAUGUGCCGGCGGUUGGGUCGCCGUUGGAACCGUUGCCGCCGCCUCCGAGUUUUCCCGAUCUUGCCGACGAAUGCGAUGCCGACAAAGAGAAAGAAAAUGAAACUCCAUCAUCCGACGACAAUAAAUCCAAAAAAGUGUUCAAGAACGCACUGGUGAAAGAAAUGGAAUUGAAACUAGUAACCGAAAUAAAAGAACGUGCCGACCAAAAGAGCAAAAGUUUGAAAGAAUCGCCAUUGUCAGAACCACUAAUGGCUGUGAGUGGCAUCAGCCACGACCCUGUAGCUCAACUAGUAACAGAACUAUCUCAAUCAUUCAAUCUCGACAAAGACAAAAAAGACCAAACAUCAGCACGAAAAAACUCCAAUAACGGAGUUAGUUUCGUGUCGCAGCUCAAAAAAAUCGAUCUUGCGAAAAAACCACCAACGACCAAAGAUAAACCAGACGAUUCAAUAAUCGAUUUUAAAUCGAGAUUGCGAAAAGUCGACAGCGAUAAAAAACCAGAAGAUGCGAAUCCGGACGAUGAACAGGAGACGAGUAAACGAGAAAGUACGGCGAGUUCAGAUAGUGGAAAUUUGAAAAUCGACGAUGGUGAGGAUAAACGGAAAAGUACGGGGAGUAUAAGCAGUUUGAAAAAAUUGUGGGAACCGAAAGAGGACGCUCCGGGAAAUGUGCAGUUGAGUCCGAAGUUGGCGUUGAAAAAUUGCAAAAACGAGGAGUUGAUUAGUGAAGUUUCGCCGGUGGAGACAUCCGAUGGGAUAAAAAGUGAUAAAAAGAGUUGGCUGCCGACAGGAGAAGAGAAACCUGUAAUACCGACUAAACCGCCGGUUAAAGCGGUUAAACCGGUUAUUGCAGGACGGCCAGCCGGUUCAGCGAUUUAUGCAACCCCGAUUGCGCCCACAGGUGGGAAUAAACCGCCGAUUAUGGCAAAGCCGGCCAACUUGGAGAAUAAAACACCAGAGGAUGAUGUGAAGGACCCAACUGACAAAGUCGGCAAAGACAACAUUUUGGAGCUGUCUCAAGCCCUCGAAUCGACUCUCCGCAGCAUAAAAUCAAACGACUCAGUAUCGACAACAACCUGGUUGCAAUUAUCCGACAAAAUCGGCUUGUUGCAUGGCUCCUGCAUGGACUAUGCAGACAACGUAGUUCCUGCUCACACAAAGUUCCAGUUCCGGGAACUGCUCACCCGUUUAGAGACCCAAGCUCGCCAACUGCGCUCAGCCGGUUCACGCAACAGCACCGAAAACACCAGGUACAUCAACGAGGUCAACAAUACCAUCAGAGACGUGGUGAACGUGGUGUUCCGAUAGAGACUUAUCCUAUUUCAAGCGACAAAAAAUACACUUGUAUUCGACUGUUAGGACCACUCGAUUUAAUUAUAUACUUUUCUAGGUAAGCCCAUGCAUUUAUCAAAUUUUUUACGUACUGUUGUGUGGUGGUAGGUUUCAAGUGCAUUGGUAUUAUUUGCGGCUGCGCCGCUCUGAAGUAAAAUUCUCCCAUUUUUUGUUCUCUUGAGUUUUUGGAGAUUUUCGAUAGAACGACCCCGUGUUAUUAUUUUCACUAAACUGUGAUACCAUUUUAUUGUUUUAGGUAUACGUGCUCAAUCAUAACUUAUUUACUUUUUAGCCGCCCUAGAAUUUUCCACGAAUUCUUGUUUAUGUUUUUAUUUUAUUUAUUCGGACGUUGUUUUGCUGCGAAGCAAACGACGAGUUAUUGAAAAAUCCUAUGCUAGUCCUUUUUAUUUGUACGAUGUAAAUUAUCAUUUGAACGUGUGAGUGUUCACAUAGCGCUAAGGAAAUACCUAUAGUUUGUGUAGAGUUACUAUAAGAGAUAAAUUUUGUACAAUCCCAAAGAUACUAUAAAUUAGCGAAUCGAAGCGUCUGGUUUGUUUGCUUAUAAUUCUCUUUUCUUAUUGUGAUUUGUGUGUAUACUUUGUUUUUUAUCUCUUGUUUUGACCGUAGGAAAAGAGGUUAUAACCAAACCGAUACAAUCUGCUCAUUUUUCAUUCAAGAAGACUUUGAUUUAGUUCAAAUUGCCAAAUGAUGUGUUUGGUGUUAUUUAUAAAAACGCAUAAACAUUUAUGCUUUCCUAGUGUGUGUUUCGAAGAAUAUUACUUACAACGAUAUACUCAAUAUUUGUGCAAAAAUAGAACCACAGGAUAAUAGCUGCUAAUAAGUGUCAGUUGAUUUGUAUUAAUUGAAUUAUCCUACUAUACCCAUUAGUAAACGAUUUUACAGUGUAUUAUUCCUUUUCCAUCUCCGAUGAAUUUCUUAAAGGUAUACAAGAAAAGGGAAUGAGAUUGUCGUUUUUUUUUCUUAAGGAUUAUGUCAGGAAUCGUGUAUUGAGAGUACAUGAUGUGGUAUGUCUGUCUGAUUAUCGUUUGUUUUUGUGCCAUGAUAUUUUAUCAAAACUCAAAAUAAAAUUCUAAAAUAGUAGUUCUCAAUUUUGUGAUUGGAGUGUAUCAUGACCCUAAAGUCUGCACUGUCGAUAGUUUUAGCAUUUUUGUAUAAGUACGCAGUUUUGAUAUUUUUUUGUAUAUAUACCUUUGCUGAAUUUUGUACAGGCUUUCUAGAUAGGGAAUAACAGACUGUAUCUAUUUAAAAAUAAAUUUGCUAAUUUAAACAAA